CAAUGUAUGUGAUGUUGUCCUCAUUUAUUAUUUAUUUAUAAUUUAACAUUAUCCAGAUAAAUGUAAAGUUAGAAUCAACCAGGUAGGCAAGAAAAUAAAUUGGAAUAAAAUAUAAAAUUUAAUAAACCUACUAGGCACAUCAAAAAAACUAUUUGCUAACUGUAGCAACAUUGGUGCGUUGCUAAGCAACGGCGCAGAUUACAAACAAACCACUGCGUCAAUGAAUCACAAACGCAUAGAGAGCUAAAGUCAUAAAAAUACAGAUUUUAAGAGUUAAAAGUUUGCUAUUAAGUUAUAAAAAUAGUAUAAGCAACAAUGGUGGAAACGGAUUGGCGGGAAAUACUAAGUUUCUCACAGAAAGAACUGACGCAAUCUGAUAAAGAGAAACUAUGUGAAAGUUUGUGUUGGAUGGAAGCCGACGAUAUUGAACUGAAUUUCACCGAUUUGAAAACCCUAUUCAGAUUAGCACAAGAUAUAUUGAAACUGAAGAGUGAACAGGUAAACAACAUAGUCGGUCAACUAAAGGCAACGCAAAAGAAAAGCGGCAAAAUGAAAGUCGAGAGCUCUUACGCAGUAUCACCUACACAAAGCAACGACAGUGCACUAGAAACGAUAACCCACCAAGAGGAAAUAAUAAAAGCAAACAAAGAGAUACUGGAACAGCUAUAUGCUGACAUUGCUGAUUUGGAAUCAAAGAAGAGCAAACUAGAAGAAAGUCGUAGUAACUUCGACGCUGAAAGCGAUUCCAGUCGAGAUGUUCUAUCAGAAAUGAAUGCUGUAGCUGAAUUAGAACAACAAGUAUCCAUGAAAAAUAAACACAUAAGGAAACUGCUCAGUGACGUUAAGAUUCUUGAAGAUGAAAACACUAAGUUGAAGGAUAAAGUAUCUGUUCUUAAGGAUAAGUUGACGGAAGCUACACAGCUGAUAGAUAACUUAACAGAACAGUUACUUAAUAUUAAUAACGAGUGCAGUCAUUUGAAAGAUCUUCUUGGUAAAUCAGCUCAAGCAAAAUCACAAUUAUCAAUUGAAAUAGAAGGUUUAAGAAAAGAACUUUUUGAAAAAGAAUCUAAUCGAGAAAAUAUCUAUGAAGAUAUCAAAUCUAAAGUCGCACACUGGAAAAAUAUAGCAAGAUCAAAGAAAGCAGAGUUGGAGGCGUUAUCGAAUGAGAAUCUUCAAUUGAAAGAAAAUCUAAAGGAAGCUAUGAAAGUAUCUCCAUCACCAAAAAAAGGUGAAGCAGAAAAACAAAAAAUAAAGGAAUUACAAGACAAAUUACUAGAAGCUUCCAAUGAAAUAGAACAAACGGCUAAUCUGAUUAAUGUGUUAAGAGCAGAAAACAAACAGCUAAAGUCUAUCAUAGAUGAAGUACCAGAAUCUGUAUCUGAAGCUAGGAAUGUAAGUGACGAUGGAAAAGAACGCACAAUUAUCAAUAAGUUGAAAAAGAAAGUAAAAAAUUUAACUGUAAGUCUACAAGGAGCUGAAGAAAUGAUAGGUGUAAGAGAAAAAGAGUUAACAGAAAUAACAUCUCAACUACAACUUCUGCAAUCGGACGAAGGCAUAAGUGCUUUACUUGAAGGAUUAAAAAACAAAAAACGGCAACUUAGAUUUAAAGACGAAGGUAUUAAAAACUUGGUGCAGGAAACAAAUUCUUUAAACCAAUUGAUUAACGAUCUACAACUAGAAAAUGAAACUCUAAGACAAAAACUAAGCUUACCUCCUGAUGAAAAAGUACCGACUAAAGGCAUAAUGAAGGAAUAUCGGAAUUUACAAGAAAUAAACUCUCAAAUUAAGGAAGAACUGAAUAGACAAGAAAAUAAAAUAGUUAGCUUAGAGUUGAGCAACCGCAAUUUAAAUUCUAAAAUACAAAAAAUGACGAAAGUUUUGAAAAAAUUAGGGUAUUCUAAGGAUAAAGUGGAUGGCAUUCUUCAAGAUAGUGAAAGUGACGACUGUUUGCCCUUAGAAAAUGAAGAAGAGCAACCCAAGAAUAGUGAGACGCAGCAGGAGCCUAGACCUCAAGAAGAAAGUGCCCUUGUAGUCGCUAAUACUCAAAAUGACGACAAAGAUAUGAUUGCAAUCGUUGAAGAAAACAAAGGACUUCGUAAGGGCCUGCAAGAGAUACUAGAUUUCUUAAAAGAUAACAGCACGACCUCAUCUGGUGUGUUAACAUUACAAUGCCCGAGCUUAGAAGCAAUAUUAUUAUCGAUGGAAGCUAGAAAUUCUGCUGGGUGGUUCGCGCCGCAUAUGUCCACCGUUAUGGAACUCAGAGCUGCGUUAGGUGGCAAGGAUGCUCUUCUAACCGCUCUUCAUGAUGCCAGAAAAGAAACGUUUGAAGUAAUGACUCAACUAUCCGACGCAACAAAAAAGUCUAGUGAACUUGAAAAGAAGUUAAACGAAAUAGUUUUACAGAAUCAGCAAAAAGAGGCCGAAGAAAAAGAGUUACAACAAAAAAAUGCAAGCAUUUGCGAAUUUGGAUCGUGGAUGUCAGAUAAAGAACAAAUUGACAUUGACUUUUUUGACAAAUCACAAAUUGAUAAAUUAGUAGAAAGAGGAAAUUUUUUGUACGAAUGUCAGCUUAAAAAGGGAUUAGAAUAUUUCCACAUGAAAUUUAAAGAGUUGUUUGAUAAACUUACGUCUAUGGCAAUAAGAGCCAGUGACGAUCUCAAUAAAUGGUCGAUUCAGGAAGAAAAUUAUAAAGCUGAAAUCGAGCGUUUGAAAAGUCAGAUACAAGUCGACGAUGAAGAAUAUAGCGAAUGCUCCCCGGGAAUUAUCCCAAUACCCAACUUUAGUUUCUUGCAAAGAAAAUGUUCCUAUUUAGAGGAAUCUUACAAAUAUAUAAGGACCUUAAAUGAAAAUAUGAAAAAUGAGAUUUUGGAAAACAAACGGGCGGCCAUGAUAGCCGCAUCAGAAUAUGAAACGCAAUAUCAUAAAAUGCUCCUUUCAGUUGCAAAUUUAACGGAUAAAUUACGUCACUCAAUAUCGCUAGAACUGUUCUUAAAACAAAAUCUAGUGUUGAAUGAAGCUAUUUUAAAAUACAGGAAACUUGUAGAAGAUGGUAUUAACAACCAACAAUCUGCGGUAAGCUUAUUGGACCGACUAGAUGAAGACAAAGUAAAUAUAAUCAACUGCUUUCGAUUGGAAUUCCACCAAAAAAAUGGUAAUAAAAAUACAUCAAAAGAGAUAGCAGAAUCAAAUAUCGAGCAGAUGAUUUUGAAAAAGCAAAUCCAGCAGAUAUGUGAAGAGUUGGAUGUAAAAAAUAAAAAAAUCGAAACUUUGGAAAAACACAACGCGGAACUUCAAGAAGCACAAAUGAAGAUCAUAGACGAAAAUCUAGCUUCCAUAACCAAACAAGAAGUAGAUUUGAUGAAAUCGCAACUGAGCAAGCUUACAGAAGAUAACAGAAUGCUUAAAGAACAAUGCCAACAUGUUAGUAAUCAAUUGGAUAUUGCUCUUUUACAGCUCCAAGACAGUCAACAACGACAAAUGAGCAACGACAUGGAGAUUAAUAUGUUGCAGCAUCAAGUCCUAGAUUUACAAUCUGCUAGCGACAAUAAAGCAAUUAUAGCAAGACUUAGCGGUGAAAUCCUCGUAGCUCAUCUUCAAGUUUCGGAAAGUCAAAAGCGAAUAGAAAGACUCCAAGCCUCCCUAAAUAAAGAAAGGGAAUUAAAAAGAGAAGCCGAAGAAAUGUUGAGAGCUCGUCAAAACAUCUUUGAUGUUUAUUCUAUGAGAUAUGAAUCAAAGUUUAGGUACAUGUAUGAAGUCAUGCAGACGUUACGCCAGCAAUACCAAGGAAGUACACCACUUAUUUCCGUUGAAAAAUAUCUGAACAACAUUGAAGAAGUUUCACGUAAAAAUAAGGCUGUAGACGAAAAACUCGCUGAAAUUGAGGAUCUACAGUCUAGUUUGAUGACAAAACAUACCGUAUUUGAUCAAGUUCUAAACGUUACUAAAGAUAAAUGUCUUAUAGAAGAAGAUAGUUGUCCACAUAAAUUAAAAUACAUGAUGAUGCAAUCGGUAAACUCUCGCGAAUUGGAUCACGUAAACAAAAAGCUAAGAACAAUAGAGCAGUCCCGUGAAGAUUUAUUAAAACAUUGCAAUUACUUAGAAAAGACCUUAGUUCUGGUGAAUCAAGGAUUCGAGAAAUACUCAGUGAAUGAUCUCCAUAGAGUUAACAGUAAAGACUUAGAUGAUCAACAUAUCCAUAUGGAAUUAGAAGACGUACAGUCUGACGAUGAUUCAACUCCCAGACGAAGUGAAACUGUUACUUUGUCGAAACCACAAGUUCUAAAACAACCAAAUGAAAACUCGCCUCAGAAAAGUGUUACUAAAGAAACGGUUGAAUCCCCAGUCAAAAUGCAAAUUACCAAAAAGAGUUUGGAACUUAUUGACGCAAACAUGCAAACCGAUAUCAUUGAAGUCGACCAAACAAGUCGUUCAAUACAAACAAUUGAAAAUAGCGAUGCCAUUGAUGAUAUGAAAAAGCGAAUCGAAGCCCUAACUAACGAAAUUGAUAAAACUUCUAACCAGCUGUACGAAGCUAUGACUUUAGCGCAACGACGCACCGAAGAAAUUUUAGUUUUAAAUAGAGAAAAAAUAUGUUUUGAGUCGACAAUACAAAACCUUAAAGAUUCCAACGAUCAAAAAGACAUUUUAAAUGAUAAAUUACGAUGUACCAUUGACGAAUUGAGAAAACAGCUAAAUGAUGUUAAAACUCAGCGGCUAGUAGAAACAAAUCAAGUCAAAGACAGUAUUGAUGAAGAAAACAAAUCAUUAUUGUUGGCCUUGAAGCAGUUGGAAAAUGAUAAGAAUGCGAUCAUGGUUGAAUGCAAAGAGCUACUUAAUAAUGAAAGAGAUGAAUAUGCAAAGAAUGUGAAGGAACUGCAGUUGAAAAUAAUGGAACUACAAUCAAAAUUAGAUAGACGAAGUAGUGAGACGAAUUCUUCAAACGGUGAAGCAGUGAAAGAAGUUGUUACGAAGUAUACUAUGAAAAUUGCAGAAUUAGAAGACAAGUGUUUUAGAUUACAAAGUGAAUUGGACGAGUGCAAGUCUGGAUUAACAAAUUACCAAAGCGAGGCAGAGCGUUGGAAGGAUUUAGCUUCAGAGAGACUAACGAAAAUGGAACAACUUAAUUCCCAACUGGAAGAACGACACUGCCAUGAGGUCAAAUCUUAUAAGGCGGAAAAUGAACAUUGGCUUUCACAAUUAAACGACAUGCAAAGGGAACACAUGGAUUUGAGGACAAGGAUAACGGAACAGAAAACUAUCUACCUUAAACAACUAUCAGACAAGGAUCAUCAAAUUGAACAACUACGGAUGAUCAUCAACAACUUAAAAACACAAAUAAUGAACAUGCAGACGCUUAUAUCUGUGAACGACCCUAGUUUUGAUCUGUCAGCUAUAGUGGAAGUGGAUGAGACGAGUGAUGCGAUGUCCCAGCACGGAUCCGAGCGGCUUGAGCUCAAGUUUGAGUCCACCAUGGACUUGCACGACUCUCAUGAUGAUGUUGUUCGAAUACCCGCUUCCUCGACUACCAUUUGGCAAGAACCAGUGAUAGAACGUCUCCGACGAGAGAAACAGCUUGCAGGCAAACAAAACGCUAUCCUACGUCGACAGAUCAAAGUCCUGGCUUCGAGGGAGCGGCGCGCACGAUUGGAUGCACAGAACUUGAAGAAUCAGAUCUUUCGCAUAAGCACGACUGGAAACAAAGUGACUACGGCUGAAACGGCAGCGCUGCACAAUAAGAUUGCCUCGCUGCAAGCUCAAUUAACGAGCGCGCGACGAGAAACCCAUUCAAGUAUCGCACUCUGGGACAAGUGGAAGAGAGCACAGCAAUCAGCUGAUCGCUGGCAAUCGCGUUACGAUGAGAAGAGUCAAGAGGUCACGAAACUGGAGGCCGGAUUAAGCCUUGUUAAGUCUGCCAUGUCGCGGCUCGAGAAAGAAAAGAGAAUGCUUCUCACCAGACUUAAUGAAAUGAAAAAUGACAAUCAGCUAGUAGCAAUUGAGAAGCAAGAGUCGGAGAGCCAGGAGAAGUUGUCGCGGAGCGCGUGCGCGUGCGGCGGCGGGGGCGGCGCCGCGCUGCCCGUGUCGGCGCGCGCGCUGCUCGAGCGCGUGGCGGCGCAGCAGCGCAGGAUCGCCGCGCUAGAGGUCGCCGAGAAGGGCAACGAGCUCCUUGUUUCUGAGUACGAGAAGUCCCUCGCCGAAAUAACAUCUUUAAAAGGCCAAGUAUUGAAACUGGAGUCGACACUACUGGAAUCACAAAUCCGGAUCCCGCUCAAAUCCGCCGGUGAUUCACAACCCGAACUUGACUAUUGGAAGAGUUACUGUGAAAUGCUAAAAGAGGAGAAUGUUCAACUUACUCACAAGAUCAAUUCAUUGGAGACUUCGCCUAUCACCGCGCACCAGCACAAAGUCAAUGAUCUUGAACAGACUGUACUGACGCUAAGAGGCGUAAUAAACAGAUUACAAGCAGAGAACAAAGCAGCUGCCGCUUAUAAGAGGGUUGACUCGAGACCUAACAGCAGUCGCAGUGGAACUGAUAAGAGUCGAACAAAUUUGGAGUCUCAUCGUAUAGAAAUAUUAAACUUGAAACGUACUAUACAUGAAAAGGAUUUGCUUCUGGAAAGGUCCAAGGAAAUGCUGAAAAUUGCAGCUGAGAGAGAAGAUGAACUAUUGAGAGAGAAUGCGUACCUUACUCGACAACUGAACGAGAUGACGAGAUCCAAGGGAGGGUUCAUGUCUGCUUAGUCCAGUUUAUUGAAACUGCUCGAUAUACUAAUGUAGAAUGUAUGCUUAAUGAAAGUACUUGGUUUAUUUGUGUUCUUGUACGAUUUAAAUAAAACUUAAAAUACAAUUUUCA